AUGAGGAAGCUGGAAAUCAUCUGGGACGAACCCAUACGGGGAGAUCCUAAUAUUCCUGAGGUCUUAGACCAUACACAGGGCAAUCUCCAGGAUCCCAGCAUAUUAGUGGCGCAGACGAUGGAUGCAAAAGCGCCAGUCAGAGAUCGCAUAUCGCGGAAGCAGCCAUGUACGGAGUACUUACGCCUUAAAAGAUGGGGUCACGUGGACAUUUGUGUCCGACUAAGCCGAAACGACUACUCCACCAUCUCCACCUCAUACUUACGGUUUACGGAGUACAUCCAUCUCUCCAUCGUGACUGCAUCCUGCACUGGUCCCUGUGUCGCUGGGCCAAGAAUGUCGCUGAAUCGCGUUUCCUACCUGGAGUCCUGGAUCCGCAAUCCGGCAGCCUUCCGCCGCCAACAUUCUCAUGACGUAUCGUCAUCACUAGUAAAUGAAUCCGACGACUCCGAUGCGUACCAGGAUUUGCCUGAGGAGUCGUUGUCCUCCUCGUUUCAAUCCACCUUUAAUCCCCCGUCUGUCAGUCACCGCCUCAACUUCAACCCCUACGCCGGACCGGCUUGGGGUCAGGCAUCAGUAGACGACGCCGACGACGACAGGACCUCUAUUUCUUCUUCGACAACCAAGCCUCCUCAUAGAAAUGAGUUUGAGGAGGCGCCAGGACGGCGUUUUGCUGACAAGGUGCGCGAAUGGACCGCCUUGGAGACCACGGGAGCGUUUGAAGUGAGCCCUGUAAAGAGAAUCUCCCAGGUUUGUGUCGCAGUCAUUUACUGCUUCCUAUCGGCUGGCAUCGUAUUUGGCUUUGCGGCUCUGAAGCCAGUCCUCAUCGCAGAGGGCGUCUACCGCCAGCUAUGUCCACCUGACAACCAGGAGGAUGUGUGCUACAGCCAGCAACUCCGCCUCAAUCUCAUGUUCACCAUUGCAGCUGUUGCAACCAACGUCGCCGCCCUCCCCGUGGGCGCGAUCCUGGACACCCAUGGCCCACGCGUUUGCGGCGUCGUUGGGAGUUUAAGUCUAAUCGUAGGCAGCCUCCUCUUCGGUCUCGCCAGUCGGCUUCCCUUCGAUGCCUACAUCCCUGGGUACCUGUUCCUCUCGCUCGGCGGACCGUUCAUCUUCAUCUCCUCCUUCCACCUAUCCAAUACCUUCCCCGCUCGCUCCGGGCUAAUCCUCUCGCUUCUAACCGGCGCUUUCGAUGCCUCCAGCGCCCUCUUCCUCAUCUUUCGGCUCAUCAACGAGGCCACCCAACGCGGCUUCACAACCUCCAUCUUCUUCAUGAUCUACUUGCUCGUGCCGCUGUUCGUCCUUGGAGCACAACUUUCGCUGAUGCCCGCAACGUCCUAUAAAACCGCCGGCGAGCUCGUCCAACAAGCCCGUGAGCACAUCAGCGCCGAAGCACACGACCGCGUCGACGACUCGAUCGAGGACUCCCACGAGGGCCAACGCCAGCGUGAUGAUCGUCGCGCCCACCGCCACCAAGUCGUCUCCCAGAUCCACGAGCUGCUGAGCGAUGUUGAGGACGACUCAGCAUUGGCUACCGAUAUCAGCAAUCUUUCUCAGCCUACAGCUAACAAAGCAACCGCAUCCACCCCCACCCCCAACCCUCAACCCGCGAGCGGUGUGUGGGGUGCCCUACACGGCCGCUCAGCGCUCGCCCAGCUCCGCACCCCCUGGUUCAUCCUAAUAACGCUCUUCACGAUUCUCCAAAUGCUCCGCAUCAACUAUUUUGUCGCAACCCUCCGCCAACAGUACACCUACCUGCUAUCCCCAUCCGCCGCGGCCCACCUCAACGCCGUCUUCGACGUCCUCCUGCCCGUCGGCGGCCUCCUCGCUGUCCCCCUCAUCGGAACCAUCCUCGAUACAACCAGCACGCCCACCGUUCUUUUCGUCCUUGUCGCCGUCGCGACGCUUAUCGGCGCGCUAGGCUGUGUUCGCCACAGCCUGGCCGCCGGGUACGCGAACAUCGUGCUGUUCGUGCUGUACCGCCCGUUCUACUACACCGCCGUGUCGGACUACGCGGCGAAGGUGUUCGGGUUCCAGACGUUCGGCAAGGUGUAUGGCCUGAUCAUCUGUUUGGCGGGACUGGGCAAUUUCGCCCAGACGGGGCUGGAUACCAUGACGUUUCGCUUGUUCGGGCAGGAUCCCGUUCCGGUCAAUGCGCUUCUGACUGCUGUGACGUUGGGCGUGGGGGUGGUCCUUGUUGGGUUCGUGUGGUCUCGCGCGAGGGUCAUGCGAACGGCGGCGACGGUAACGGCCGAGAUCUCGACAGAAGAGGAAGGGGGGCUUGACGGAAUUGUGAGGCGGGACUGGGAGCGAGAGCCGCUUGUUCGGCCUGGUGGUGGUGGAGGAUCGUACGGAAGCGUUGUGCCCUAG